ACUCAGCCAGAGAGCAGGCUUUCUCCUCUCUCUGUUGCUGCUCUCCAUCGUUCUGCCUCUUUAUCUUCUCAUUCUCAGUGUCCCUCCAUCCUUCUUGUCACCUUUAAUUCUUGAACUCUCUUCUUUCUUUGCACUUCCUUUUCCCAUUUUUCUUCUUUUUUUCCUCAUCCUUAACAAUCCUAAGUGUUCAACACUUUUUCAGAUUGGAGUUUUUUUGACCCAAGGAAAAGGUUUUAUUUCUUUUUAUAUAUUACUGUUAAGAGUGUUGAAAGAAAGAAGGAGUGAAAUACGCAACAAAGGAAGAAUUAAGAAUUAAUUUGUGAAGAUAUGAUGAGCUGAUCUUCUCUUCUACAUUUGCUCCAGCUGUUCUUCCUGUUCUUCAUCUAUUUUUUGUUGUUUUUUCCUGCAACAAUUGGAAUGCUUAAUGUUGACUGAUGGAUGUUUCUGAACUGUGCAUCCCAGACCCCCUCUGCUACCACAACCAGUUGCUGACCAGAAUGCCCACUGACGACCGACACCUACCCUCCAGCUGCGGUUCUUACGUCAAAACUGAGCCUUCCAGUCCAUCCUCCUCCCUUGUAGACACUGGCAGUCAUCACAGUCCCAGCGGAAACUCAGACGCCAGUGGCGGCUACAUUAACGGCACCGGUGGACGCUCCCAUGCCCUAGACUCACCUCCCAUGUUCAACCCCAGCAUGCUCAGUGGAGGCAGUGCAUGCCUACGUCGUUACGAGGAGUGCUCCGGCAGCAUGGCUGAUGACUCGCCAAUUAAGUGCGAGUACAUGCUCAAUGCCAUUCCCAAGAGGCUGUGUCUGGUGUGCGGUGACAUUGCCUCAGGCUAUCACUAUGGGGUCGCCUCUUGUGAGGCCUGCAAAGCCUUUUUCAAAAGGACGAUACAAGGAAACAUUGAAUACAGCUGUCCAGCUACCAAUGAGUGUGAAAUCACCAAGAGGAGACGGAAGUCCUGCCAGGCUUGCCGUUUCAUGAAAUGUCUUAAAGUUGGCAUGCUGAAGGAAGGUGUUCGUCUGGACCGAGUGAGAGGUGGGAGACAGAAGUAUAAACGUAGGUUAGAUGCAGAGAAUGGAUCCUACCUCGGCCUCACUCUACCUCCCCCGGCAAAAAAGCCCUUGACAAAGAUUGUUUCGCAUUUGCUGGUGGUGGAGCCGGAAAAGAUCUACGCCAUGCCAGAUCCGACCAUGCCUGAUGGUGACAUCAAAGCCCUGACAACCCUGUGUGACCUGGCGGACCGCGAGUUGGUGGUCAUCAUCGGCUGGGCCAAACAUAUCCCAGGUUUUUCCACACUUUCCCUGGCAGACCAAAUGAGUCUGCUCCAGAGCGCCUGGAUGGAGAUCCUGGUGCUGAGCAUUGUGUUUCGCUCACUGCCCUGCGAGGACGAGAUUGUGUAUGCAGAGGACUACGUGGUGGAUGAGGAGCAGGCAAGGAUCUCUGGCCUGUUAGAUCUUCACGUCGCCAUCCUGCCGCUGGUUCGACGCUACAAGAAGCUGCGCAUGGAGAAGGAGGAGUUUGUCACACUCAAAGCCAUCGCGCUCGCCAACUCAGACUCCAUGCACAUAGAGAGUGUAGAGGCUGUCCAAAGACUCCAAGACUCUCUGCACGAGGCUCUGCAGGAUUACGAGGGAUCCCAGCACCCAGAAGACCCCCGAAGGGCAGGGAAGCUGCUGAUGACCCUGCCUCUGCUCCGUCAGACCGCCACAAAGGCUGUUCAGCACUUCUACAGCAUUAAAAUGCAGGGUAAAGUUCCCAUGCACAAACUAUUCCUUGAGAUGUUGGAGGCCAAGGCCUGACAACUGGAGCAGCUGCAGACUUCAGUCAGAGACAAGAAACACAACAUAAGAAAUAAAGGUGGAGUGCCAAUUAACAGCCAAAGGAUGACGUUGGGCUCUGAAGUCAUUUUAUCUAUUUAAAUAAGAGCAAAAUUUGAA